CAGAGGUCGAUCUUGGGAAGUGCAUUCGUCUAUCCUGGAUUAUCGUAAUUAACUGAAGGCUUAAGAAAUGCAAAGACAUUGGGCAAUGCUCGGGGAAUUGUUUGUGUUUCAUUGACAAUGUUUCUGAAAAUAUCAAUAUAACGCAUUCAUAUUGCCCUUGAUUGCUAGCACAUUAGCCAGCUAGCUUCUGCGAGCCUGGACCAUACUGGUGACAAGAAAGGGCACCUUGCCGGACUUAAACAAUAAUUUGAUCUCCGGAAUUGAAUUUGCUACAAACAUGAAGUUCUCUCAGUUUUUGCUAAGGAGCAGUUCCAUCCCUAAACAAGCACUAGUGGAUAGAUUUUCCAAGUUCUCACCCUCGCCGCUGUCAAUGAAGCAAUUCAUAGAUUUUGGCUCAUCAAACGCCUGCGAGAAGACAUCUUUUGUCUUCCUGCGUCAGGAGCUUCCUGUCCGGCUGGCCAACAUAAUGAAGGAGAUCGACUUCCUCCCUGACAAGCUCCUCGGCACCCCUUCACUACAGCUUCUGCAGAGCUGGUAUGCAACAAGUCUGAUGGAGCUGGUGGGCUUCUUAGAAAAAGAUCCCGAUGAUGAGAAGGUCCUGAAGAAGUUUACUGGUACCCUGGUGAACAUCCGUAACCGCCACAACAGCGUGGUUCCGACCAUGGCCCAGGGUGUGGUGGAGUACAAGGACGCCUUUGGGUCUGACCCUGUGACCAAUCAGAACAUCCAGUACUUCCUGGACCGGUUCUACAUGAGCCGCAUCUCCACGCGAAUGCUCAUGAACCAGCACUCUCUGAUCUUUGAUGGCAGUGCCAACCCGGCCCAUCCCAAGCACAUCGGAACCAUCGACCCGGACUGUGAUGUGACCGAGGUAGUAAAAGAUGCCUUUGACAGUUCCAAGAUGCUUUGUGAGCAGUAUUACCUGACCUCGCCUGGGAUCGACAUCGCACAGGUCAACGCCAAAGACCCCAGCCAGCCUCUGCGCAUUGUCUACGUGCCCUCCCAUCUCUACCACAUGUUGUUUGAGCUCUUCAAGAAUGCAAUGAGGGCCACAGUAGAGACUCAUGAAAACUCCCUGCAUCUCCCUCCUGUUAAAGUCCGCGUCUCCCUGGGCAGUGAGGAUCUGACCAUCAAGAUAUCAGACCGAGGAGGAGGAGUGCCCCUGAGGAAGAUUGAGCGCCUGUUCAGCUACAUGUACUCUACUGCCCCAAGCCCCGCCCACCUGGACAACUCCCGCAACGCCCCGCUGGCCGGCUUUGGCUACGGUCUUCCCAUCUCUCGUCUCUACGCCAAAUACUUCCAGGGAGACCUGCAGCUCUACUCCAUGGAGGGGUACGGAACGUCCGCCGUCAUCUAUCUCAAGGCGUUGUCCUCUGAGUCAGUGGAAAGACUUCCGGUUUAUAACAAGUCUGCCAUAAGGCAUUACCAGACGAGCACCGAGGCAGAUGACUGGUGCAUGCCCAGCAAGGAACCCAAGAGACUGGGGAAACACGAACACAGGCGCUAGACUGGGAGCAAGAGACUGGGAGCCAGUUCUGACGUGGAAUGGCCGACGGAAGAAAGUGGAUGAAGGAAACAAGAAAAAGUGUAGUGUGACAAAGAGGAUGAGGUUGGCGGAAAGUAUGCGAAUGUGAUGAUUCAUAACCUCAAACUGAACCUACCCAGUUGUUCUCGACCGCAGUUGACGUGUGCGUGUGCGUGUGUGUAUUCUCCUCAAUGGAUAUUCUCAUUCAUUCAGGAGAAGUGGAAAAUACAUCACUCCGAGGCAUUUCAUUUUCCUGGGACCUACACAAAUGUUACCAUUAGAAACAGAGCAAUACACUAAUCAUUUACAUUUAGCAGAUGCUCAUAUCCACAGCUCAGCAUGUGGUGCUACUUAGCCUUAGUUAUUUAUGUAACUUAUUUUAACUUUAUUACACUGAAGCGGCACUAAAAAGCUACAGUUUGGCUUAAACAGUACACAUUUUAAUUUCCUAAGGGCUCAUUUAAAUUGAUCAAAUCACUGAAUCUGGUUUUACAACGAUAAGUUGCACUGACUUCUGUGAAUGUUCAUUUUUUGAAUCCAAAAAACUCCCCAUUAGCACCUGUGGCAUGCAGAUCUGGCUCUCAUAUAGUCUCAGACGGGAGUUAAGACCACAAUGUCGGUUGAUGGGUUUCCUGUGGCCACCGUUCUGCUACAGAAUCUCCUGUACGUUGGCCGAGUGGCUGCUCCAUACGGCUGGGCUCGGCGGGGGACAGAGUGGCCUCCGACUGGUCUCUGAACAACACGUUUUUGUCUUGAGCUUUUAAACCCGUUUAGUUUAAACUCGGGACAUUUUACCUUUCAGCAAUAAGGCACAUGGUGGUGUUUGCACAGUACUGUGCAAAAGUCCAAGGCACUUGAAAUUCUAAAAUAAGGCCAUUUAUUUGGGUAGUGUAUAUAUAUAUAUAUAUAUAUAUACACAUGAAUAUAAUGUUUGCACAGUACUUUAUAUCGCCAGUAUGUAUGUGCAUUUGUCAGCUAGGGGCUGUUCUCCGGCACAACGCCUCAUGAGGGGCCUGCACACAAUGCUUAGCCAUUAUACUGGCAAUAUACCACCAACCCCAGAGAUGCCUUAUUGCUGUUAUAAACUGGUUACCUACACAAUGAAAACAGUGGAACAUUUGAAUAUUUGAUGUUAUGCCUGUGGUAUAUGGCAGCUUAUACCAUAGCUUUCAGCCAAUCAGCAUUCAUGAUUAAAAAAAACUUGGCUUGUAAUUUGUUUUUUCUUUUUACCCCUUACGAAUAUGCGACAACCAUUAAGUUCAAACAAACUUUUGUAUACAAUGUUGUCCUAAUGGGAUGUUUUUAUAUUUUUCCCACCCCAUUAAACCGUUCUUAUUUUUUUCCACCCUGGAGUAAGGUAAGAUUAUAUUUGACCGGUGAAAACACAUGUUUUAAUUGGUGCAGUAAGUAAAUAAUUGUAUGUCCUGUUAUUCACCAAGGGAAAUCUAUUAUCACAAUCCACAGCAAUAAGCAAUCAUAUAAAAGACUAAAACAAUAACAUUUUACCCAAUAAUGGGCAACAAUUUUUUGUAACCAUUUAAUAUUAUAUGUGCAGUGAAACAAAUGUUUGUUGUUGUUAUUGAAUGAACAGUAAAGUGCCAAGUUCUAUUCUCAGAAAAAAAAAAAAUCUACAAGGGUUUUUAACAUUCACAGUAUUAGAUCAAACGUUCUCAGGAUUUUAAGCGUAUAUAAUAAUUUUUCCAUGGUAUUGCCAUAAGUGCUGAGCAAUGCCAUUAUACACUGGCCUCAGAGGAGCUGUCGAUCAGUGGAAGCUGUUGAUUGUGGGUGAAAACCUGAUUUGAGCUUGUUGCGGAGACGGUCAAAAUAAUCCUUUUGAUACAAGUGGAUUAUUCACUUACGCACACAGUGAUGGUGUUCUGGGCAGCCAUCUCUGUCAGAAUUUCAGCCUUUUCACUUCAAGGGAAUAACAGUAGUGAAUGGAUUGCUUCUUUUAAGCGUUGUUAGGGUUUUCAAAAUGUGUAUGGAGUCCUCCCUGUUUCAGUAUGCCAAAGCCAAACAAAUACAGUAUGUGCCUGAAACAUUUCAAUUUUACAGCUGUUGCAUGUAUGAUUGUCUACUAACUACAGUAUGAAUGCAUUCCUGUACAUGUUUGUUUUGUUGAUUAUGUCCGUCGUUUAUUUUUUUAUUAUGAACAGAACUUAUUUUAAGAUUUGUGAUUGUCAAAACUAUAGUUUCUUAUUUUAAAGAUUUCCUCAGCUUGUUAAAAAAUUAUCCUAAACCAGAGGGAAAGGCCCCCGCAAACAAAAAGCCCGGAAGGUCAGCAGGUUGUGUGAUGAUCUCUAGAACGUCCUCAGGACGUCCCGUGUUUCCUGGGGCUUUUCGCUAGACAGUCUAGUCACUAUCCAGAACAUGUGAAUAACCGAUAACUGCCAUCACUGACCACUUAAAACAUUUUAACAACAGUAAUAAUGCUGUCAAGACACCUGCUACUGUCGGACUGACCUCUGUUCUGACUUGAGAGUUCUAGACCAGACCCGUUUCUCAGCGAGCCCUGACCAAGCCUGCCAUCUAGGAGACCAGCUGUGCGUGCGUGCGUGCGUGCGCGUGUUAAACAAGUGUUCAACUAGUAAGAUACAGUGCAUUUAAGCUGUUCUGAAUGUCCUUAAGCUGUAAUGAAUGUCCUUCCUGAUCACAGUCUGUAUUGACCUGGCAUCUAGUUCUGUUACAGUAAACCGCUGUGUUUUAUUAAAUCUGCCUGUUAGACAGCAUGCCUCCCAGCACUCCCUGUCAGACUUGUCUGCAACAUCUAUAAUAAACACAAUUGGAAAUGUC